CAGAGUCGAGCAAAUUCAACUGUAAUUACGACAGUACGACUACUGAUAACUAAAGAAGGUGAGGGACACGUUAAACAUGGCGGAGGCCGUUGUGGACGGGAGUCCGAUGUCUCGAUUUUUUUGCCAUAAAUGCAGUGUCGAAAUUGAGCGUUUGUUGCCAAAUUACACGUGUCCGCGAUGCGCAUGUGGCUUUAUCGAGGAGCUGGAAAGUAGCAGCAAUGAAGGUAGUUCAGGUAUGGAUGUGAAUAGCGAAGAUCUGAGUGAUGUAGAUGUCGAUAUCAUAGGAUACAACUCUUCUUCACAGCGCUCCGAACGUGAUCGUGACAUAAUAGAAAUGAUAAUGGGGCUUUCAAAUACAUAUACCAAUCAGCAAUCAAGUAUCAAUCAACAGUCGGGUGCAGGCAACAGAAACUAUGUACUUGGAAGUAGAAGAAGAUCUAAUUGGCCUCGUGCUCCUCAAGAUGGGCGUCGUACCAGCAACAGUCGUAGAAGACAAGAGAGCCUACAAGUACCUAUAGAGAAUUUCAUACAAGAUUUUAUCUUUAAUCUUUCUGGAGCUGCAAGUCUAGGCAAUUCUGUGGGACAAGAUGCUCAACCAUCUGUAUUCAAUAUUAGACUGUUCUUGGGAAAUCCUGGAGAUUAUGUUUGGGGUCGCGAUGGAUUAGAUGCUAUUGUUACCCAAUUAUUGAAUCAAAUGGACGGUACUGGACCUCCACCUUUACCGCGCAAGCAGAUCGACGAGAUACCUACAACAGCUAUAUCGCAAAGUCAAGUUGACUGUAAGCUACAAUGUUCCGUUUGUUGGGAAGACUUCAAGCUAUCAGAACCUGUUAGACAGCUGCCUUGUCAGCAUGUUUAUCAUGCACCAUGCAUUAUACCCUGGUUGGAAUUACAUGGAACUUGUCCCAUUUGUAGACAAAAUUUGGGAGAUCAGAACACGGGUGAAGCGAAUCAAGAUACCGGACCCAACUUAGCUGGAUCUGCUUUAGCCGGAUCCAGUUUUGCCGCCUUAUUCAGGGCAGCAAAUGAAGCAAACCGAACAGGACAACCUAUCAGCCGGACAUCAUCUUCUUCAUCAUCUACUUCGUCGGAGUAGAGAUCUCUGAGUUCUUAUUCAAGUAAAAGAAAAAGAGGGACUUUCACUUUAUAAUCUAAUUCCAAUAAAAUACUGGAGGAGCAGCCUACGUGUGAUCCUAUUUAUUAGGCAUUGCUUAUGCAUGAAUAGUUUCAUCUUGAGUAGCAUUGAUUCAAAUAAACUCAAACAUGUACACAGAAGAUAUAUAUGUUAUGUGUGUGAUACUUAUAUAAAAAUAUAAUUUUUACAUAGCCACGCGCGCAAGGCUCAGUAAAAUCGAUAGCCUACGAUAUGACUUGUACAAAUAAAUUAAAAAAUUUGCAUUUUAGAGACAAGUUAAUAAAUUCAAAUGAUAAAUGCAAUGCGGUAUACAGAUAUCGAAUUUUUUAAACAAAGGAGCGCUUAUAUAUUAUAUCAGAGAGAGUAAAAAUACUGCUCUUUCUCUCUUUUUCUCUGUAGAAGUACACUUAUAUAAUAUUCACACCAAAAUAUCACACGAAUCAAUAAGUCUAACAGAGUGCUCUAAAAAGUUGCCGGAAUUUAUAUAAAACGGAAUUAUAUAUUAUUUUGUUCUUUCUAUUUCUUUACUCUGUACAUACUCUAAAACAUUGUGAAAAAUAUAAAAAGAAAAGAGUAUAUUGACAAUCAUAAUUACCUUCUCCAUUUUUAAGUUUGACUGUCAUAAUAUGUAUAUAUAACUUGACAGUUUCUAUCUGAGUUUCGAUAAAUAAAGAUGCAAAUGUAUAACAAAUAGAUUCGUUCAAUUUUUUUUAAUACGUAAAACCGAUACACAGUUUCUCAUAAAACUGAUUUUUACGAUAUACGACGUGAAUAAAAUGCAGCAAAAAAAAAAAAUAAA